AUGGAAAUAGAAAAUAAAAAUUAUAAAGAAUCUUCUGAAAAGAUCCCUCAAAGAAUAAAUUUUAGAUAUUGUUUUAACUCAACAUAUUCUCUUUGUAAAACUGCAUUUUUAAAGUUAUAUAAUAUAAGUAAUCAUAAAUUUAAUAAUAUUUUAGAUCAUUUAUAUAAUGAAGGAAUAAGUAAACAAAUUCAUGGAAAUACUGGAAGAGCUCCUAUAUUUAAAACCAAAGUUAAUAUUGAUGAAAAUUUAAAAUCCAUUGUGAAUAAUUUUUUAAAUGAAUACUCUUUAAUACAUGGAUUACCUUCACCAAUGAGACAUAGAAAUGAUUCUGGUACAUUUAUUUAUCUUUCAACAGAUAAAAAUUUUAAGUCUGUAUAUAAUGAAUUCAAUGAAUUUUAUUCCAAAAAUAUUUUAAAUGAUGAGUCAGUAAAUGACUCUGAAAAAAUUAUUCAUUAUAUAUCCUUUAGAAGGUUAUGGAAUGAACUGAUGCCUAAUUUAAAAUUUCAACCUCCUGCAAGACUUUUUCAUGAUCCAGACAAGACCUUAGUACAAUGGCCUAAUACUGAAUUACACGAAAGCAAAAUAAGAAACUUAGCCAGUAGAGCAAAGCAGCCUGAUUUCACAGUUUCUUUAAUACAUCAACAACAAAUUGAUUCAGUGAUUUUUGUUGGAGAACUUAAAAUAAAAAAUUGUAAAUACAAUUAA